CGUGGGUGUUACUGCUUGUUUGCCACAGGAGAAGCCGACGAUGGACAACCUGUUGAAGACUGGCAUUGUUUUGUGUCUGUGCUGUCUCGUUUUAGUCAAGCCACUUCCCAAUCUGAGAAACAGAGAACCAGACUGUGGUGGGAAGCUGUGUCUUAACGACGGGACGCUACACGUUGGAACCUGCAGAUGCCAGUGUACACCUCUGUAUAGGGGCCCCGUGUGUGAAAACAAGUAUUGUCCACGUCAAGAUGCAUACUACUGCAAUAAAUAUCCAAUGCUUUUUUGUCUUCAUCCCACUAUACAUGACUCUUGUCCUAAACAGUGUGGUGUCUGUCCGAAACACUGAAUGACUUGAUUCGACUUGAAUCCAGAUCCAUUAUAGUCAAUAAAUUAGAAACGUUCAACAAAUA